GUCAGCGGUUUUAGUAUCGCGCCGACGAUUUAAGACGCAACGUGUGUGCGACGCGUUUCAGUAAAACAUGCGCGAGUGCUGCUACUUAAACAUGUGCGAAGGAACAUUAAAAACACGCGAACAAAAACCGCACUAGGAACUGUUUGCAUUCCGUCUCAAAUUGCAACGAUCAUGGACUCGAAACCGCAGCCUCAGGGAAUCAGCCUGCAGUUCAACGCGAACAAAGCAGUCAAGGAGGAUCAAAGUGGGCUGGUCAUGAAGGACGUUAAGCCGGCGGUGCUGCCCAAGAGGGUGAGCAGCUUGAAGUGCGAAUCGAAGCUGGACAAGUGCGACGAAAACGACUGUGAUACCGACGAAGACCAAAGAGCGCCCUCUCCGGCCGAUUCUCUGAAGAAACUUUCUCGCGUGAACACGAUUAACGCCAUCAUAUCGCGGCCGAGCAGCCCGAAUUUCCGCAGAGAAAACUCCGUGAGGUCUUUGAAAAACUACCAUCACGUCCAUAUGAUCAACGAGCUGAGCAAGCCGGCCAGCAGCGAUUCUGGCAGUCAUCUUUCCAAACAUUACUCUGACGCCGCGUCGGUGAGGUCCUGGGCUUCGGUGGGCAUGGGGUCCACCGAUGGGAAAAAAAUGAUUGUCAGGAGGGUGCCCACUUCGCCUGUGGAACUCUUCAACAUCGUCAAUCCUCCAACGCCCCCUGAAGAAUACCUGUACGACCAAGAAUCAGACGAUGGUAGUGGAGACGAAGAAGACAGUGUAUACAUAAAACCAAGAAGACAGCAUUGGUCGAAUAAACUACAAUUUGUGUUAGCUUGUGUGGGUUAUAGUGUUGGACUUGGUUCGAUAUGGAGAUUUCCUUAUCUUUGUUAUAAAAGUGGAGGAGCUGUGUUUCUCAUACCAUAUGCCAUAACAAUGUUGGUAUGUGGAGUACCCAUGUUAUACAUGGAACUAUCAGUAGGGCAAUUUACGGGAAGGGGUCCCAUUGGAGCACUGGGACACCUUUGUCCAUUAUUUAAAGGGACAGGUUUAGGUAGCGUAGUUAUAUCGUUUUUAAUGUCAACCUACUACAGUGUGAUAAUAGCCUAUGGGGUUUACUAUUUUUUCACCUCUUUUCGAGCAAAACAACCAUGGGAAGACUGUUCGCACAGAUGGAAUACUCGAAGUUGCUGGUACGCCAGAUCGAACUUCACCAAACCUCAGUUCAGUCAAUCGCCUGCUGAAGAGUUUUACGAUCGUAAAGUGCUACAGAUAGGAAACGGUAUUGAAGAUUUCAACGAACUUAGAUGGGAACUAGUGGCAUGCCUUAUUUGUGCCUGGAUACUAAUCUACUUCGCGAUAUGGAAAAGCAUAAAGUCAUCUGCAAAAGUCCGGUAUUUUACAGCAACAUUCCCAUUUUUCAUCAUCAUAGUUCUUCUCAUCAAAUCGCUGACUCUCGAAGGGGCCGACAAAGGAAUGAAAUUCUUUUGGAAACCAAAGUUCGAACUGCUUCUUGAAGCGAAGGUUUGGGUAAACGCAGCCUGUCAAACCUUCAACUCCAUGGGCUGCGCGUUUGGUUCGAUGAUAUGUUUCGCAAGCUACAACAAGUAUAAUAACAAUAUUCUUGUGGACACGCUGGCAGUAUCGUUUGUGAACGCCAUCACAAGUUUGCUAGUGGGUAUUUUUGCAUUCGCCACCAUCGGCAACAUCGCGCACGAACAAAAAACCACCAUUGAGAAUGUCAUUGACGAUGGUCCAGGCUUGAUAUUUGUGGUGUACCCUCAAGCGAUGGCCAAGAUGCCGGCCGCCCAACUGUGGGCGGUCUUCUUCUUCUUCAUGCUGAUCUGUCUGGCGCUCAACAGCCAAUUUGCGAUCGUCGAAGUGGUCGUCACCUCGAUCCAAGACGGCUUUCCUGCUUGGAUAAGGAAGAACCUGAUGUGUCACGAGGUCUUGGUGCUCAUAAUUUGCGUCAUCAGUUUUCUAUGUGGGAUACCCAACGUCACCAAGGGUGGAAUAUACUUCUUCCAGCUGAUAGACCACUACGCGGCCACGAUCUCCAUAAUGUACCUCGCCUUUUUCGAAGUCAUAGCCAUCACGUGGUUCUACGGCGCUUACAGGCUGAGCAAGAACGUGAAAACCAUGACGGGUCGUCAUCCGGGCAUGUACAUCAAGUUCUGCUGGAUGUUCGCCACACCUUUAAUGAUAUUCUCGCUCUGGGUGUUCCUGAUCAUCGACUACGAACCGCCCACUUACAAUAACGGCAACUACCACUACCCCACGUGGGCCAUCGUCAUCGGCUGGAUCAUUUCGGCGCUGUCGAUCCUCUGCAUUCCCAUUUACAUGAUUGUGGUUAUCGUGCAGUCGCCUGGAGAGACCUUUUUGGAGAAACUGAAAAGUUCCAUAAAAUCCGAUCUACUGGAGAAAUGCCCGAAAUGCGACGAGAUGGACUGCGAUUGCAUAAUAAAAGACGAGGAGUGCGGACCGAUGUUGGUGAUGCAUUCUCCGGAAAUAAAACGGGACCCUUCGAUGGCCAAAAUGUACGCCCCUGUCACCACAAGGGCGGUGGACGUUCAAAAAUUCCUCAACUACGCAGACACUGAUCGGCCGGAUACUCUCAGUCAAUACGACAAUGUCAACAAUAAGACAAAUGACAGAGAACAAAAAUAAUAAUAUUUUAGUUUUUUGCUGCCAGUUUUAAUGCCGAAACGUAGUCUUUUAUUCGUCCAAAGGUCUUUUUUUCCCAAAUUAUUUUUUGCCUGGUAAAAAACGCGAAAUAUUCGUAAGGUAUCAUUGGUAAACUUUUGACACAUUUCAUUUAACUAAAUUAAAAUGCUUUAUUUGAACAUGUAAGUACAUAUAAAUAAAAUGUACACCUACGUUUAAAACUUUGUUAGACACAAAAUACCAGUGAUAUAAUCAUCAUUCCAUUACCACAUGGAUAAAUUAAUUUAUAAAAUUAAAAUGUAGGCUAACAUUCCUAAACAUAAUUACUAUAUUUUUUUGAUUUUAGAAUUUUUAGACUUGUUUUUAGUUUAGUUACGUAGCUGUAAGAAUGUAUUAAUUAUUUUAAUUUAUACCUACCUUGUGAUAUACCAACAA